CUAAAAUUGCAAACAUCAUCAUUUCCGAACGGACACAGGCGAUUUGACGUGACAUUUCAUGGCUUUUGUUUCUUUACUUUCUUUUGUCAACGACAAACUUGCGUUUAUCAAUUAUUACGUUCCCUACGCGUUAAUAUUAGUUAGUAAUUAAGUAAUUCGGUAUAUUGUGCGAUGGCAGCGAGCGGGCCCGGCCCGCCGGGGGACGGGGUGGUGCGGAGCAGCGCGCUGAGCUUCCUUGCGCAGGCGCAGGGCCUGGGCACGGGCGAGUCCUCCAACAGCCAGGAGGCUGAACAGGCUGCUGCUCAAGCUGAUAGACUGGUCCCAGCCGGACUUAAAGCGCUGUGUGAUGCAUGCUCGGAGCUAUACCCUGACCAGCCUAAUCCACUACAGGUCACCACACGCUUAAAAUAUUGGCUGGGUGGUGAGGACCCAUUGGACUACAUCAGCAUGUACUGGCACCCUGGAGUACCUGAGGAGCAAGUGCCUCCGCACUGGCACUAUGUCAGCUUUGGCCUCUCAGACCUGCACGGAGACGGACGCGUCCACCCGGUCCCCGGGACAGAUCGCUCGCAGCCGUCAGGGUACGGACUAGAGCUGACCUUCCGUCUGGCCUUGCCAGCCGCUGGUGCUCCACCGCUGUGGCCUGCUGCACUGUUGCAGGCGCUGGCUAGAUACAUCUUCAGCACAGGCAACAAAUUCGUAUCAGGCGACCACGUGUCAUGGCACGCGCCGCUGGACGCGAGCGCGUCGCGCGUGCGCCAUCUACUGGUGGCCGACGACGCUCGCCUGCGCCCCACCGACACGCCUUACGGACGGGUCUCAUUCUUACAGUUGGUAGGAUGCACGGGGCGCGAGCUCCGCGCGGCGCAGCGGAGCUCCGGCUUCGAGGUGCUCAAGCUGCUACAAGAGGAUCCCAGUUGCGGCGGCAGUUGGCUAGUGACGCAAGUAUCUCGCCGCACGUCCGCGCGGAAAGUGCGCGUCGCGCGGCAAAUAAGGAGUCCGGCGCACCUGGCCGGUGUGUCGGCGAGGGUCACAGCGCUGCCGUGGACUCCGAGCAAAGAGCAAGAUACGGGGUCCCUGUCGCCGCGGGUGGAGCAACAAAUCAAAGACACCCUCAAGAGAGGGCUCAGCUCCAUGUCCGACCGACCCACUGAAGUAUCGGGACACAUGUCGACGGAUAGUUUUGAGAUGUCGAGCAUCGAGAAGGCGCUACCGGAGAUACCCGAACUUAUGCAGGGUUCGUGGCGCGGCGAGGAGCGCGUGGAGUACCUGGAGGGAGUACAUCUCAUUAUGAACCCUGAAGCAGCUAGCUUGCUACCUCUCGCCAUAGACGGCCGCGUGCUCCACGACCGGCACUUCACGUGGCGCGACGGCGCGCGCGCGGUCACCGUGCUGUCGCCGCGCGUCGCCGGCGCCUUCGCCAACGACAGGAAGCCCUACGGCUCCAAGGGGGACUGGCUACAGAUUCUGCUCUCGCCCGAGCUCGCCAAACUCGUAUCUUCCUCAGUCGCCCCGCUGUCCCGAUUGGCUGAUGACUCGGAGUCAGACGAGGACGACACAGCACCAGCGCCAUCGUUGCCUCUCACUCUCGCCUGGCCCGAACACGGACUAAAGAUAUCAGUGUUGUAUGAUCAGCAGUUAUUAUAGCAUCUUAACUACUGACACGGUUUAUAUUAUGGAUGGUAUAGAAAGGAUGCCAAUCUCUUAUGGCAAAAAUGUUGCAAAAGUGACCGCUUUCAGCUUUAAAUAAUAGUUUCUAAUCUCUCCGGUGGCGCUAGUUAGGUUCUGGAACAUGAGUAUAACAUGAACCAUAUAAGGCAACAAAUAACCCGACCAAAUUACGUACGUUGUUUUUGGUAGUAUUUCGGUGUAUGGUGGCGCCGCCUAAUUACUGUUUUUUGAUGGACACUUUUCAUACAUAGAGAUUUGGCUCCUUUAUACAGUCUCCAUGCAUAUAAGGCAACAAAUAACUCGACCAAAUUACGUAGGUUGUUUUUGGUAGUAUUUCGGUGUAUGGUGGCGCCGUCUAAUUACUGUUUUUUGAUGGACAUUUUUCAUACAUAGAGAUUUGGCUCCUUUAUAUAGUCUCCAUGGUCUAUAUGAUAAUUUUAAUAAUUAGGAGAUUAUUGCAAAAACGAAUACAUACAAUUUUCAUUUUUAACUCUGAACGCUUUACGUCAUAAACUUAACUCACACGUCAAGGUCACGGGCGCAAGUGAGCUAAUGUAAAGGCCCGGCGGCCAUAGGUUGGAGCGAGACACAGCGAUCGGACCUUUCGUACCCACCUAUUGCUGCCGCUCGCCGCUGCCGUCGCCGCGCGAUGUGGCCGGGCCGUAAACCACAGAAUAAAUAUAGUUGGUCGUGCAAAUCUUGUCAGUAGAAAAAGGCGCGAAAUUCAAAUUUUCUAUGGGACGAUAUCCCUUCCCGCCUACAUUUUUUUAAAUAUGCCGCCUUUUUCUACGACAAGAUUUGCUUGAACAACUAUAACAUUUGCCGCUAUAACAACAAAUACUAAAAAGUACGGAACCCUCGGUGUGCAAGUCCGACUCGCAGUUGGCCGGUUUUUUUAUUCUUGGCGUUCAAAAGGUUAAAUCUCGGAAAUAAACUAUUAUUUUAAACCAUUACAAUUAAUAGCCAUGUUAGCUCAAGAUUUAUAGUUGGUCAAACCAAAUUGUCAGUAAAUAAGAACAAAAAAAACUCCUUAUAUUCUUUUGAGUGCUAGUACUAGUGUAAGACAAAGAUUCUAUGAUUCUCUCUGUCUAUGUUUGAAAUGACAGUCCUUUGACAAACUAUGAACUUGUUACUUUGUUUAAGUUAGAUAUUUUUACUUUCUUUCAUUGUAAAUUUUUUUAUACAUAAUUUACAAAACGUAGCUAGAGUUAAACCAAGAAAAGUCUGCAGCGAUUUUGAUAGGAUACGCAGUGCAAGUGUUAUUUUAAACGUCAAAAAAAUAAUUUGAUUUGUUCCCAAACUUGUUCAUAGAUGGCAGCACCAGUCUCUCUCGCUACAACGUAAAUCCGUAAGGAGUUCGUGUAGGAGGUGCAAGCGUGCACUACUUGCCCUUAGAGCUGGUCAAAGACGCCUAGUCUUACUAAGAUGGCAUAUAGUCGAGAAAAUCGGACGGGCACCGCCGUGGCGGGGUGGCCUAGGGGUUCAUGGCGUUAGCCGCGAUAGCUAAAGACGCCGGUUCGAAUCCGGCCUUCACCACUGGAGGGCUUCGUCACUUUUUCUUUAAUAUAUGACAUCUAUUACAGUUUUUAAUUUAUAUAGGUAUAUAGUAGUGUGACUACUUAAAAAACACAAAUCAAAAUAUUUAAUAAAAUAAUUUGAUUUGUUCCCAAACUUGUUAAACGUCAAACUUCUAUGAAAUUAUGACGUAUAAAUAACACUUGCACUGUGUGUGCUGUCAAAAUCGCUGCAGACUUUUCUUGGUCUAACUCUAUUUUAAAAUGUGUAUGUAAUGUACUGUACUCUAGGUAAAUGAUACUAACAAUU